AACAUUUUGACUCUAUCUCCAUGUUGCAGUGGAUCUUCUGCAGAGAACUCGUGUGACUCCCAGCCGCACCAAGGGGCUGACCUCUGACCUGUCACAGGUGGGGAGCGCUGCGUCCAGGAUACAGGACAUGCUGACCACUGUGCUGGCGUACAUCGAAGAUGUGUUGUCUGGAAAGGUGACGGCUGAUAACAGCGUGGGUCGCUUCCUCAUGGAUCUGGUCAACAAAGUGCCGACCAUCACAGCCGAGGACUUUGAGAACAUGCUCAACUCCAACAUCAACGACCUGUUGAUGGUGACCUACCUGUCUAACCUGACUCAAGCACAGAUUGCUCUGAACGAGAAGCUGGUGCUUCUCUGAGGAGAUUAUUUCAAGUCAUAUUUAAUUUUUUGAAUUCUUUCUUUUGUUUUGGCUAAGAUGAAUAAAAACAUUCAACAGUCA